AACAGGGGUCUGUGGGUAGAAUGUUGGGGGUCUGAUGUUCUGAAUUUUUUUUGAUGUGUGACCCGUCUGGGAGUUUUGUGAUGAGCCAUUGUGGGGGUCCGUAAUGGAAGUUUGGUGGCGAUCCCUUUCGGUAGUUCCGCGGGGAUCCGAAUGGGAAAUUGUUUGGGCAGAGUGAUACGGGGUUUGCGAUGAGCGGUACUGGUUAGUGUGUGGUGAGCCGCGACGAGUUAGUGUCAAAGGACCGGUGGGGAAAGGUGAUGGGGGCGCGUUGUCUGUGGGGUUGAUAACGGGGGAUCUGCGGGGAACCGUAAUGGAAAUACAUGUUCCGUCUCCGGAAUCUACUCUGUGGUGUCUGUGAGGAGUGAGGGGGUCCUGUGAGGAGUCACGAUGGGGGCAGCAGGAGAUGAACGGUCGAGUGAACUAAGUUAUAAGUGUGUGGAUUGAGUGAUAGAGUGUUAGCGGACUAAGUGAUGGAAAGUCUGAGACAGAGUGAUGGGAUUUGUAAGUGUGGUACUGGGGUGUCGGGUGAGUGGUGGGGGGCUUGUGGGGAUUGUGAUGGUAAGAUUUAUGAGGAGCUGUGAUGGAAAGUCUAUUGGCAGAAUGUUGGGGUUUGUGGUGAGCCCUGAUGGAGCUGUAACAAGGGAUGAGGCACUGUGAUGGGGGUUCUCUAAGGAACCGUGAUGGUGGGGGGAAUCCCACAGGAGGGUGAUGGUUCAGACCCGGAGCCUCCAGAUGCUGGGGAGGACAGCAAGUCGGAGAAUGGGGAGAAUGCGCCCAUCUACUGCAUCUGCCGUAAACCAGACAUCAACUGCUUCAUGAUCGGGUGUGACAACUGCAAUGAGUGGUUCCAUGGGGACUGCAUCCGGAUCACUGAGAAGAUGGCCAAGGCCAUCCGGGAGUGGUACUGUCGGGAGUGCCGAGAGAAAGACCCCAAGCUGGAAAUCCGUUAUCGGCACAAGAAGUCACGGGAGCGGGACAGCAAUGAGCGAGACGGCAGUGAGCCCCGGGAUGAGGGUGGAGGGCGCAAGAGGCCUGCCCCGGAUCCAGACCUGCAGCGUCGGGCGGGGUCAGGGACAGGGGUUGGGGCGAUGCUUGCUCGGGGCUCUGCUUCGCCCCACAAAUCCUCUCCACAGCCCUUGGUGGCCACACCCAGCCAGCAUCACCAGCAGCAGCAGCAGAUCAAACGGUCAGCCCGCAUGUGUGGCGAGUGCGAGGCCUGCCGGCGCACUGAGGACUGUGGCCACUGCGACUUCUGUCGGGACAUGAAGAAGUUUGGGGGCCCCAACAAGAUCCGGCAGAAGUGCCGGCUGCGUCAGUGCCAGCUGCGGGCCCGGGAAUCGUACAAGUACUUCCCUUCCUCGCUCUCGCCAGUGACGCCCUCAGAGUCCCUGCCGCGGCCUCGCAGGCCACUGCCCACCCAGCAGCAGCCACAGCCAUCACAGAAGCUGGGGCGCAUCCGUGAGGAGGAGGGGGCGGUGGCAUCAUCAGCAGUGAAGGAGCCGCCUGAGGCUACGGCCACACCUGAGCCGCUCUCCGAUGAGGACCUGCCGCUGGACCCUGACCUCUACCAGGACUUCUGUGCGGGGGCCUUUGAUGACCAUGGCCUGCCCUGGAUGAGUGACACAGAGGAGUCUCCGUUCCUGGACCCUGCGCUGCGGAAGAGGGCAGUGAAAGUGAAGCAUGUAAAGCGUCGGGAGAAGAAAUCCGAGAAGAAGAAGGAAGAGAGAUACAAGCGGCAUCGGCAGAAACAGAAGCACAAGGACAAAUGGAAACACCCAGAGCGUGCCGAUGCCAAGGACCCUGCAUCACUACCGCAGUGCCUGGGACCUGGCUGUGUGCGCCCUGCCCAGCCUGGCUCCAAGUAUUGCUCCGAUGACUGUGGCAUGAAGCUGGCAGCCAACCGCAUCUAUGAGAUCCUCCCCCAGCGCAUCCAGCAGUGGCAACAGAGUCCCUGUAUUGCUGAGGAGCACGGGAAGAAGCUGCUCGAACGUAUUCGCCGUGAGCAGCAGAGCGCCCGCACCCGCCUUCAGGAAAUGGAACGCCGAUUCCAUGAGCUCGAGGCCAUCAUUCUUCGUGCCAAGCAGCAGGCUGUCCGUGAGGAUGAGGAGGUGAGCAAGCAAGGCUCAGCGGCACGGGGCCCCGUGCCCGGUCCUGCCGGGCCUCAUCGUUUCUUCUACUCCACACAGAGCAAUGAGGGUGACAGCGAUGACACAGACCUGCAGAUCUUCUGUGUGUCCUGCGGGCACCCUAUCAACCCACGUGUUGCCUUGCGCCACAUGGAGCGCUGCUACGCCAAGUAUGAGAGCCAGACGUCCUUUGGGUCCAUGUACCCCACACGCAUUGAGGGAGCUACACGACUCUUCUGUGAUGUCUACAAUCCUCAGAGCAAGACCUAUUGUAAGCGGCUCCAGGUGCUGUGCCCUGAGCACUCACGGGACCCCAAAGUGCCAGCAGAUGAGGUAUGUGGGUGCCCUCUUGUACGUGAUGUCUUUGAGCUCACGGGUGACUUCUGCCGCCUGCCCAAACGCCAGUGUAACCGCCAUUACUGCUGGGAGAAGUUGCGGCGUGCUGAAGUGGACCUGGAGCGUGUGCGCGUGUGGUACAAGCUGGAUGAGCUGUUUGAGCAGGAGCGAAAUGUACGCACAGCCAUGACUAACCGGGCAGGAUUAUUGGCCCUGAUGCUGCACCAAACGAUCCAACAUGACCCGCUCACUACCGACCUGCGCUCCAGUGCUGACCGCUGAACCUCACACUGGCCCAGAAGUCCUCACACCUGCAUUCCAGGCCGAGGAGCUGCCCUGAAUCCCCCAUUUGUCUGUUCUGCCAUUCAUAUGUUUCUCCAAUGGUCCCUGAGUUUCUCCCUGUGCCCAUCCACCAUCUGACUACCCAGCUGCCAUUACCAGAGUGUCUCAGAAUCUUCUCCUGUCCUUGUCUGUCCCUCUGUCUCUCCAUUCUCUGUGCCUGGGUGGGACUGUGAAGUCUGCUCACUCUUGGCUCCCCUGUCCUGGUUUUGUUAAUAAAAUUUUGAAGAAUCAA